CGGUUUGACAGGAAAACCAGCAGAGAGUAGACUAAACUGUGAGACUGUUAGACCAGACAUUAAAAGCUGCAGACAGCAACCUUGACUUUUUAUUUUUACACAAUGCAAGCCAUUCGUCAGUGCUCGGUGUGUGCCGGCCGUGCAGUUGGAGGAUUUCUGCAGCAUCAUUCAGAUGUCUCUGUGCUGAGAGCCAGCAAGAGCUUCCACAGGAGGGGAGCAGCCAGAAUCCACAACCCAAGCAUUGUGGAGUAUUUCCCGUUUCGCAGCACGACAUCUCGAGAAGACACGAGCAAGGCGUCCUUUGGUGUUGCCCACGGACUUCAUGCUGUUCCGUUUACUCAGCAGGUGGAAAACCUGUCUCACAACUCUUUGAUCAAAAGAGCAGCCUCGGUGGUCACAGACAGUUCCAGUACGCUUCUCUCCCAGACUUCACUGGCUCUUGUAGAUGCUCUGACAGACUACUCAAAGACUGUUCACACCCGCAUCGCUCUACAAAGGCAGUACUUAGUGUCACUGGGAAAACUGAGCCUUGCUGAACAGGAUUCACUCCAGCAGGCCAUCAACAGUCUGCGUACAGAGAUCAGUGACAGACUGGAUGAAUGUAAGCAUUUGGAGUCGUCCUGGAUCAGUGCCCUGAACAUGUGCAAGGUAGCAACAGAGGUGGCAAUUACCUCAGGAGCCGAACAGGCAUCCAUCACACUAAGAACAAACAUUCAGGUGGCCCAGGCCCAAGUGGAGGAGGCCCAGAAACUCUCAACAGAUGUCAACAGGAAGCUGGCUGAGACCAAAGUGGAGGAGAUCCAGAGAAUGGCUGAAUAUGCUGCCUUCUCUAGUGAGGAGCACGAAGUGCACGAAGCUUAUCUGAGGGAGGACUAAAAUAAGAAGAAUAAUAAUAAAAACCUAAACUGAAUUAGAGUAAUAAUGUUAUGAUUGGUUACUACCACUACUACCACAGCAACUUACUAACACAAACUGUGGAGCUGUAUUUAUUUCAUUACUGAAGAAUGUAAUCGUACAUUUAAAAAAAUCUAUUUUAGGAACGUGUUGUAAAGCCAAAAAAAUGAUUGUGACUGUUCAGUUGUAAAAUUAUGAUAGUGAAAAAAUAAAUUAUUAUUUAUCUGA